AUGUCGCAAAUAAGAAGUGAACCACAAGUUGAAGUUCCCGCUGGUGAUUAUAAAAAAGGAGCAAAAAUUUUUAAAGCGAAAUGUGCUCAAUGUCAUACAAUAAAUAAAGGGGGAGCUGUUAAACAAGGUCCCAAUUUACACGGGUUUUAUGGUCGAAAAUCAGGAGAAUCUGAUUUUCCAUAUUCCGAUGCAAAUAAAAAUUCAGGUAUUAUUUGGUCUGAUAAGCAUUUAUUUGAAUAUUUACUUAACCCCAAAUUAUACAUUCCUGGAACUAAGAUGGUUUUUGCUGGUAUAAAAAAAGAAAAAGAAAGAGCAGACUUAGUUGAAUACCUCAAGAAGGCUUCAUCAGAAUAA